UUGCGCACACCACUGGCCCACUUAAGGCAUCACCGUUACCCGCGCCUACAUCGCUUGAUCUGAACGCUUUUGUAUUAUUAUUAUAUUGUACUGUAUGUGCGGUGUAUGGUGAUUUGGAUAGGCUCGUGCUAUUUCAGGGAAAACCACCCCAUUUUUUCACAAGAUACCAAGUGGCAGGGAAGGAAGCAAUGUCUCCUGGCUACUGUCACUACACCUCUUGGAAUUUGUAUACUCUUUUGCGGGCGCAUUUCUGGGUUUUGCAUCUCAGCCUCUUCAUUUAUCUUUCUUCAGCCAUGUCAUAUAGAAAGACUUUGUCAGAAUACCAAAUGAAUUAGAUGAUCUGAUGAAUUCCCUUGCGGCGGUGUCUGCUACCAUGGACUCAAUAUAAAACUGACUUGAGACUGCCCAAAGCUGCAGUGGCACGUAGGAUGUUCUUCUCCAUUA